AUGAAGACCUCCUCUAAAGAUAAGUUAGAGACUGGUGUAUGGGGCUCAACAAAAGAUCAGUUAGAGACUGGCGUAUGGGGCUCAACAAAAGAUCAGUUAGAGACUGGCGUAUGGGCCUCCUCUAAAGAUAAGUUAGAGACUGGCGUAUGGGGCUCAACAAAAGAUCAGUUAGAGACUGGCGUAUGGGCCUCCUCUAAAGAUAAGUUAGAGACUGGCGUAUGGGGCUCAACAAAAGAUCAGUUAGAGACUGGCGUAUGGGCCUCCUCUAAAGAUCAGUUAGAGACUGGCGUAUGGGCCUCCUCUAUAGAUAAGUUAGAGACUGGUGUAUGGGCCUCCUCUAAAGAUCAGUUAGAGACUGGCGUAUGGGCCUCCUCUAUAGAUCAGUUAGAGACUGGCGUAUGGGCCUCCUCUAAAGAUCAGUUAGAGACUGGCGUAUGGGCCUCAACAAAAGAUCAGUUAGAGGCUGGCGUAUGGGCCUCCUCUAAAGAUCAGUUAGAGACUGGCGUAUGGGCCUCCUCUAAAGAUCAGUUAGAGACUGGCGUAUGGGCCUCAACAAAAGAUCAGUUAGAGGCUGGCGUAUGGGCCUCCUCUAAAGAUCAGUUAGAGACUGGCGUAUGGGCCUCCUCUAAAGAUCAGUUAGAGACUGGCGUAUGGGCCUCAACAAAAGAUAAGUUAGAGACUGGCGUAUUGGCCUCAACAAAAGAUCAGUUAGAGACUGGCGUAUGGGCCUCCUCUAAAGAUAAGUUAGAGACUGGUGUAUGGGCCUCCUCUAAAGAUCAGUUAGAGAUUGGCGUAUGGGCCUCCUCUAUAGAUCAGUUAGAGACUGGCGUAUGGGCCUCCUCUAAAGAUCAGUUAGAGACUGGCGUAUGGGCCUCAACAAAAGAUCAGUUAGAGACUGGCGUAUGGGCCUCCUCUAAAGAUCAGUUAGAGACUGGCGUAUGGGCCUCCUCUAAAGAUCAGUUAGAGACUGGCGUAUGGGCCUCCUCUAAAGAUCAGUUAGAGACUGGCGUAUGGGCCUCCUCUAAAGAUCAGUUAGAGACUGGCGUAUGGACUUCCUGUAAAGAUAAGGUAGAGACUGGCGCAUGA